AUGUGUCCCCAUGCAUUUAGGCACCAUGGAGCCUGCUGCAGCCUCUCCCUGCACUGCAUUAAUUCCAACCUCUUAAUCUCCAUCCCAAAGCUGUUUAAGGCACCUGCCCUGCACUGCCAGGACCAAAGCUUGUUUAUCAGCCAAUCAAGUUCUUAUGCACGGUCACCUGACCCUAUUCUUUUUCUUACCCAUCUAGAGAGAAAACUCUUCCUUGAGUCUAUGGUUGCGUACCUCCUGGACACAAGGAGCACAGAGGCUCUGAAGUUCCUGCUGACUGAAGAGGAAGCCUGGAAACAGCUUGUGGAAGGAACUGGUUUGUCCAGAGAAGAGGAAAUUUCCUUGCAUGAAGCUCUUAGUGAUAUUUUUGCAGAUCCUGAUAUAGAAGAUGAAGACAUGCUCCAAAAUGACCUGCAGGAGAAGACAGAGAGGGAUGAGGAAGAAGCCUUGAGUGAAGCUCUUGGUGACACCAUAGUGAAUAGUGAUGUAGACGAUGAAUAUCAUCUCCAAAGAGAGCUUGAGGCGCAGAAGAGGUUUUUGGAUGUUUAUCCUCAGGUGAAACUGGAGCUUGAGCAGCACAUCAGGAAGCUCCAUGACCUUGCAGACAAGGUUGACAAGGUGCACAGGGACUGCACCAUCACACAAGUGGUGGCCAACUCCACCAGUGCUGUGUCUGAAGUCCUGAAAAUCCUUGGUUUUGCUCUCGCACCUGUGACACCAGGAGUCAGUCUGGGACUUUCAGCCACAGGCUUGGGUCUGGGAGCAGCAGCAGCUCUGACGAGUGUUUCCACAAGCAUUGUGGAAACAGCAAGCACAGCGUCAGCGGAAGCUGAAGCCAGCCAGCUGGGGCCAACCAACCAAGACACAGCGAACACCAUUAAAGAAGUUUUGGAGAAGAGCACCCCCGGGCUUGCUUCGGUAUAUGAGAAAUCCUUCCAGGACCUGGAAGUCUUCAAGAAGAACAUUGAUGCCAUCAAUCUGGUCAAAACCAACCCUCGCUUAGCUAAUAAUGCCAAGCGUCUCAUGACAACUGGGGCAGUGUCAGCCCGAAAAACAAGACAGGUGCAGAAAUCCUUUGGAGGCACUGCUCUGGCGAUGACCAGAAGAGCCCGGGUCAUGGGUGCAGCCAACUCAGGCCUCUCCCUUGUGAUGGAUGUGGUCAGCCUUGUGGAAGCCUCAAAGCAUUUGCAUGAGGGUGCAAAGGCAGAUUAUGCUGCUGAGCUGAGGAAGCAGGCUCGGGACCUGGAGCAGAAGUUGCAGGAUCUCAUCCAGGUCCAUGACAGCCUGACUCAGUAACCUCUUAGUGCAGCUCAGAGGACUGGGGGUGGGGGAUUACUGGACAGAGCCAUGCACACAUGAUAACUCCUGACUGUAUCCCCUCAACAGCAAUGCUAUUAUGGUGGCAGUGCCUGCUAGAGGGAGAGGCCACACUGAGAGAAUUGAAUCCGGAACAGGCUGUGACCCCCACCCUCACACACACACCUCACUAUACUACACCUCUUAGAUACAACAAUCUACAACAUCCCACAUAAGGACCAAGGUCCCAGUGUGGGGAGCACAUCCAAGUCAUGACUAUGCAACAGCAUGGCUACUCCUCAGUCAUGCCCCCACACUGCUCCUAGCUGAGGCUCACCCACUUUCCCACUGCUUUCUGGUGGUUUGCAUAGAGACUGUCUCCUCCUUCACAGUUUGGCCUAACUCUGUGUUUUCUCAAAUAUUUUCACAUCUUGCAAUCAGUCUCUGGAUGUGAACCCUAUUUCUUUGUGCAUGGUUUGUCCUGAGGUAGUGAUGGGAGCCCCGGGGGACAUGCAAAGAUGGUAGAAAUGAAAGAGUUCAUGGAACAUCGUCUGCACAGUCAUCACAGGUUUUUGUCCUACUUGGCAGCUGUGGAUGCUAUGAGGAAGGAGAGGUGACAGGAUAUGGCUGCUGAGUUCUGCUCUCUGCUACCAGACUCUUGGGGAAAUCUCAAGGUUUAAUUCCUAUUGAAGUUUAAAAUCUGCUCUACUUGCAUGAGAUUUGCUGACAUGCACAGGAAGGCUUCACUUGGU